CAGUGCAGCGUGCGCACAGCGACGUGAGCUGUCAGAGGUUACGUCACAAAGAGAUCCCCAGGGCGGCUGCACGAGAAGAGAGUAUUGCUAGUAAAAACAUAGCAAAUUACUACAGCAGGCUGCACUUUAUCCGGAUCACCUUUUUUAUCAAAUAAGAAAUUGACAUGGUCGCGCAGGGAUUGCAUAAAUACACCCGGAUCCUCCUGAAUAACAGCUGAAGGUAGACAGACGCACAGGACUGUUAACUCUUGAGGGCUUUGUGGAAAUGCACAGACCAUCUUCUCUGAACUGUGCCGGAGAAUCCAUUUAUAAGUCGGCUAGCACGCACUAAAAUAAUCAUUUGAUUUUAAAUUUGCGGGAUGUGGCCAGACUGUCAAACACCACGACAUCUGGUUCUAUUGAUGAAUAUAAAAGGAACUACGUGUGACUAUAUGUAGACAUCAUUAUUAUUAUUAUUUUUUUGUCAUCUGGCAGUAGGAGUGUGAGUAGGAUUUUAAAUGUUACUCCUUCUAUCGUGAGAGAUUUCAUCCCUGGGACUGUAUCAAUUUGUAUUCACAUAGCAAAUCGGUCAUUCACUGUUAGUUAAAGGGAGAGGUGAUCUAUUCUGUAGAGACUGAAGGGACUUCAUCAUCAAUCGGGCAAUGGAGAAAAUGAAAGAUCUAAGAAAGACCUCUGUCCUCUGAUAUUAAUAUUAUAAUAGGAUCAAGAGACUGUAUCGCGAUAGGACGGUGUUUUCACAUGAACAGCAUAUGUUUUGUUUUUACAAAACCAUUUUUACUGGAUCUGGUCGAUCAAAACUGUGAUACAGUAUGUAAUACAAAAAUGAAAAUAUAAAUGGAUAAAGUCCAAUAAGUAAAUGAGAGAAAUUAUACUGGGUUAUUUACAGAGGCUUUCCUUAUCACUACGUUAUUGCUAGGGUUUUUUUUUUUCUUCCUGUAUCCGUUUAUGUUGCCAUCAUCACUGUGCUUCCCACCCCCGGCUACCAGAUCAUAAAUACACGUCCUGUCUGCUAGUCUUAGUGCUGAGUCCAGAGACGGCGUGUCCAUGACCUCCCCGCUACUCAUGCUAAUGCAAGAAUUGAAACAGACUUGAUUGUUAACCCAUCGGUAUCUGGCUCUGCUGUUCACUAUUUUAACACAAAAAGGCAACAUUGUAAGGCGAAGAGACAGCGAGGAGAAGGAGAAUGGCUCUGAUGGUAGAACGAGCCCGGAGGCUGGGCUGGAUUCUGCUGAAAGCUGUCCUCCGGUUCUCCUUCAUGGUCAUCAAUAAUCUUGUUGCCAUCCCUUCAUAUGUUUUAUAUUUGAUAGUACUGCAGCCUGUUCGGCUGAUGGACAGUGACACUUUCUGGUACAUUGAAGGAGUGAUGUUUAAAUGGCUAUUGGCAAUGGUAUCCUCGUGGGGCUGGGCUGCAGGAUAUACAGUAAUGGAAUGGGGAGAUGACGUCCGGCCUAUUUCAGAAGACGCAGCUGUGGUAAUUGCAAACCAUCAGGCGACAGGAGACGUCUGCACACUAAUGAUGUGCCUACAAGACAAGGGGACGGUGGUCCGCAAGAUGAUGUGGCUAAUGGAUCACGUAUUCAAAUACACAAAUUUUGGCCUUGUAUCUUUAAUCCAUGGGGAUUUCUUUAUCAGACAGGGAAAACCACAUCGUGAUAAACAGCUAAUCCUGCUAAAAGAUCAUUUAGACAAGUACUACCACAGCCGGGACCGCAAGUGGAUAGUCCUCUUCCCCGAAGGGGGCUUUCUGAGGAAACGGAGGGAAACCAGCCAGUCUUUCUCAAAGAAGAAUAACCUGCCAUUUCUGAAGCACGUCACCCUGCCCAGGAUGGGCGCCACGGAGGUCAUCCUGAAGUCGCUCGGCCCCCAGCAGGAGAAUGGGAGCCUGGCGGCAGGAGAUGCUACAAGAUCAGCAAGCAAAUCCAAAGGUUUGCAGUGGGUCAUUGACAUCACCAUUGCUUACACAAAAGCAAAACCAAUGGACAUUCAGACCUGGAUCCUUGCCUACAGAUCACCUACAGUCACACAUGUGCAUUACAGGAUCUACCCCAUUAAAGACGUUCCCGUAGAGACGGAGCCCCUCACAAACUGGCUUUACCAGCGGUUUGUAGAGAAGGAAGAACUUCUUGCCCAUUUUUAUGAAACAGGUGCUUUCCCACCUCCCGAAGGCCAAAAAGAAGCAGUUUCCAAGGAGAUGACCCUUGACCCUGUGUGGCUUGUUCUUAUACAGUCAUUUGCCUUUGCAUCUGGCUACAUGUGGUUCAACGUCCUCCAGUAUUUUUAUUAUGUUUUUUUUUAAAACAAAAAAAAAAAUAGAAAAAAAUAAAUAAAUAAAUGACAAAAUAAUAUUUGGACCUCAACUGUUGAACUAGGACACAAGCAUCAUGUUGUUCAAGUGUGAAUGCCAAUUUACAUUGGUGGAAGACAUAGAUGGAUUAAUGGACAAUUUUUCACCUUCUUUUGAAAUCUAAUUAAACAAAAAAAACAACAACAACAUCCAGUGAACAGGAUUCAGAGAUAAUGUAGAUGUAGUGACCUUAUAGAUGUACAAGGGUGAUCCCUUGGUAAAAUCCUUCCCCCCCCAUCUCUCUCGCUUUCUCUCUCUCUGUCUCUCUCUCUCUCUCUCUCUGUCUUGUGAAGGCCCCUGAACCUCACUGAGCUGGAGGGUAAGAGCCUUCUUGGCAGAAUGUUGCUCUUUCUCCUGUAGAAGACCUUUCCUUCAGAUGGUUCUACGAGUACACUGUCUGUUGUCCUUUGAGACAACCAUGAGGUUCACUCAGGGAGAAGCUCUCUGUCUUCUAAACCUUAAUCUGUUGGGAGUUGGGAGAAAGCCACUGCAGGCGUGGUUUGGUUGUUGGGUUGAAUGUACAUUCACCUGUUAUUGUCCCUUCUUGCUCUACAGAUGUAUGAGCCACCAUCCCAGGACAAUGGUGCACACAAGGUGGCACAUGAGCUGCCUCCCGUCUCUGUGGUACCUGCAGUGUCAACUUGGGAAUUCAUUUUGGAUGCUGCUUCACCUUGUUUACACUAGGCACCCAACUCGAGAUGAACUCCAGUUUUGACUUAAAUACACGUUUUUUUGGAUUCAUUUUAGAAGUUAUGCUAGUCCAAAUCAAAGGUGUGAAUCUAAAGUGUGGUUACAGCAAUGUUGCCUAAACAGUGGCAAGCAUCCUGUUCUAUCGGAAACUCCAGGUUUGUUGCAUUGAGGUGUAAAAGUUUGUUGGCAACAUACCGGCGGUAUCUGAGUUGGAAGUGCAAGUGGAAACAAGGUGUCUCUGAAGAAAAGGCAGCAGCACACGAGCACCCAACAUUCCGAGUUCAAAUGCAACAGGGUCAUGAAUUCUGGCCUCAUCACCUAGAGUUCCUGUCUGUGUCAGUGGCAUAGUUCUGAUAUUUAAGCCAUAUGCUAAGUGUGCGAAAGAAAUGUACAAAAUGUUUUUAAUUAACUACCAAAAUGAUGCGUUCAACCCUAAUCACGAAAUAACCAAGUUGUGCAGCGCUCUCAAAUCAACAGCUGCAGGACCUAUAUAUCGGUGUUACUACCUGGACAACAUAACCCACCUGUGUGUGUGUGUGUGUGUGUGUUUGUGUGUUUCUUCUCUUUUCCUUUUUUUUUUUUUUGGCGAAGUGUUAAGUAUAUUCACAAUUGAGUCAGUUUAGAGAGAGAUAUAUAUGUAAUUAGUAAAAAAUGUACAAUUUCGAUAUUUGUGAAAUUGUUGGUUUUAUUUUAAAUGUUGCCAUUUAGUCAUCCAUGUGAUUCUUAUACAUACACCUCUGCAUAAGCAAUCAUACAGUGAUUACAAACUGUCUCUUUCUCCUUGGUGAUGUUGCAGCUUUUUUUAAUAUAUUCAAUACGAGUGUUUAACUACUUAACCCAAGCAGAACCCAGGAUUCGGUGCCAUUGUUUCGAGGGGGGCUUAAACGAACCCGAGCUGUGCUAAGGUUAAUUGUGUAUGACAUACAAUCAUGGGUCCUGACUUGGGAAUGCAAACCAUAUUACACUGGACUGCUUUGAAGUUGUAACAAAUGCUUUUUUUUGUUUUGUUUUUAUUGGUUCUGUAAGUAUUUCAACUUCAUUUGCUUGUGGGUUAUGGAACUAUGGACUUAGCGCUCGUACAACUUGAGGGAAGCCUGUAGGAAAGCUAGUUUGUUCUCUAUGAUCUACAUUAAUAGAUAUACAAGAUGAUUAAAAAUAUGCAUGCCAAGGUAGCCAAUCAUUUUGAACCUUCACUUUUAUAGUCUACCCUGAACCUUUCUAUCUUGGUAGCUAAGAAAACAUGCUUGGGAAAAGUAAACACAGUAGUACCAGCAAAUAUAUAUAGGAGACUAAUAAUUCACUAGUAUUGCAGGGUAGUUUAGUAAAUGCAACAUUUUUAAAUGAUCUGGUUUACAUAAGAAUAUGGAAAAGCACUUGAAUUCAUUCAGUUCACUUCACUUCAUAUUUCUGAAUGGCAUGGAUAAUUAAUGUACAUGCAUCCAAGUGGUAAACUGGUGUUGUCUGAAAUAUCCUGUUUACAUUUAUGCCAAAGUCCUUUUAGAGGCAGUUGGCUUUCGACUGACCCUUAGACAGAUCAUAUUGUAGGUAAUGGUGAACAACAACAGAAAAUGAAUAAACUGGAUCUCCAAUAUCUGUUUGUUUAUUUGCAUCGAGUAAAAGCUGACAGAAAAACUUGGGUAGUUAAUAAGCACUAUGUCAGUCUGCUUCCCCCUGUCUCCCUUUUUUAGUGCUUUGUAAAUAUUAAACUGUUUUCCAGUUAAAGAUUUCAAAUAAAGUGAGGAUGUUGUUAAUGCUUGUGGUCUAAAUACAAGUUCUAGAGCUUCCCAGCCAAUUUGGUAAAAUAAUCCUGUGGGACGUAGGUCGGACUGUUGAGGCUGGUAUUAUAUUUGCAAUCAGAAGCUUAUGAAGGAGUCCAGGUUUUAAAUUUAUAUAGUUGAAAUAUUAAGGCCAGUAUAUGCCUGUUUCAUGCCACUCCCCUAUCUUGGCAGAAUGUGCUUUUGACAUCAUUGGCUGGAAGAGAUGGGACUAGUUCCCCUACAGUAGUCAUUGCCUUGACUGGGAUGUUUGCAGAUUUGAUCUUGUGGUACUGGAUUAGACGGGCAGCAACCCCCACACAGUCUGCAUAUUCAAACACAUUCUAAUUUGUUUAAAUAUUAUUUGCAACAAUGUCGCACAGAAGGCAGCAAGUGUAAGCUGUGAAAAUGCUUUAAAAGUCACAGGAUGAUCAGUAUUUGAAAGUCUGUAAUAAAACGACAUUAACAUUAACGCAAUCCUUUUUUUUUUUUUUUUUUUAAAUAGCCGGUACAGGACAGAUAACCUUGUUAGUAAAAAGUAUUAACAAUGACAAAAAAAAAAGGGGUCAGCGUGCUAGGUGUUUUAACGCAAACCUUUCUGGUACGCUAAACAAUACGUGCAUAUGUAAAACACUGCAGGGACUAAUGUGCUUGUAGCUCGCCUCUGCAUGAUACAUAAAUGAAAUUCCUAGCGGUCUGUCUGUUAACAUGAAAUUCUUUACAUUUCAGUGUAGGAAGUUAAAUGGUUGCUACACCCUUUCCCCGUCUUUUAGUAUGUAUUGUGGAACUGUGUGUGUCCAGGUUUUUUUGUGAGGGCUCCUCAUAGCAGGUAGCACAGACCGCUUUUUUCUCUCCUGGCCCUACUGCUGCAGCAAAUCACAGAAUGCCAUGGCUUUGUGUAACAGGUGUUCUUUGAGAAGUUGUAUCUGCAACUGUGGGGUGGAGACCACUGACUGUAAAUCACAAUGAGCUGGGUGGCUAUUAUUUCUUUCCCCUGAAUUGAAUUGUUGAUGUACUAUUCCAACUUACACUCAAUGCAUUCCAGUUAGUAUAAUACAUCUUACCUGCAGAGUAAUAGGGGCCCCAGGUCACUGGAGGCAUUAACAUAGCAAGGUUGACUUGCAAGCAAAAGGUGAGGUGGUGAUGUGUUGAGCAUUGAUGAUGGCUGUCCUUUUUCUAUUGUAUCAUUUUCAAUUUAGUAAAACUAUGAAAACAGUAAUUCUAUGCUAAUCCAGUACCUACAAAUAAGUCAAUGGGCACAUAUUAUGCUUUAAAAAAAUUAAGUAGGACAUUUAUGUAAUUUUGGUACUUUUUACUGUUUUAUAAGAAACUGUUAAAUUGAUUUACGUUAAUGUAUUAAAAACAGAUACCACAG